AUGAGGGUGACUUGGAUGUGGGUUCCUGCCAGAACAUGACGGUAGAUGAUAUAUCUCAGUGGCUGCUGAACUUGACUGACUGACUGACAUACCUCCAUGAUGGCUCUCCUCCGUGCUACUUCACGCUCUCUACCUCUACUCUCCACCAGGACCAACACUCUCAUUGCUGCUAACUACCACGAGAAGGUGAUAGAUCAUUAUGAGAAUCCUCGGAAUGUUGGUUCUCUGGACAAGAAUGACGCUAUGGUUGGUACAGGUCUGGUGGGAGCACCAGCCUGUGGAGAUGUUAUGAAGCUUCAAGUUCGGGUGGACAGCAAUGGCAAAAUAAUUGAUGCCAAGUUCAAAACAUUUGGUUGUGGUUCAGCCAUUGCUUCAUCAUCUCUAGCAACAGAAUGGGUUAAAGGCAAAACACUGGAUGAAGCUCUGAAGAUCAAAAAUGUUGACAUUGCAAAGGAACUAAAUCUGCCACCUGUCAAGCUUCAUUGCUCCAUGUUAGCAGAGGAUGCCAUCAAAGCUGCUUUGAGUGAUUACCGUAUUAAACAGUCUUCUAAGGAAAUGAAGGAAAAAAAUUAAGACAUUAAUCAGGUUUAUAUCUAAAUUUUUUUUAGAGGUUAGAGCUAAUUUUUUUUAGACCUUUACUGUAAUUAUUUUUUUCUCAUUAUUGGCAAGUGUCUUACCCUUUACCCCCCCCCCCCCCAUCUUCAUUCUAAAAAUAUUUUCUUACGUUAAAUAUUUUAUAUAAAGAAAUUGUGUUAAAUAUAAAGAUAUUAUUUUGAAAUUUUUCAGUUUUGCUUAAAUAUAUUUGAUGUAUACUGUACAGUGAAGUCCUGUAUGUCUGAAAGUUUAUGGACUUAAAUUCUCAAAUUUUUCUAGUAUUUUUUGCUUGACUAAAUUAGCUACCCAGUAAUCAAAUAUUGAUUAAUUCUUUGUGUAUUACAAAAUCAAAUUGAAAUUUUGUUAGUAUGAUCUAUGAAAUGGAAAACUUUAAAUCUGUAUGCUUCGAGAUUCACCUUGGACCAAUUUGUUGCAAGGUAUGGAAUAUGCUGCACCAAUUCAGAAGAAAAUUCUCCAGUCAACAAAGCAUUUCUUGUAUUGUGUGACCCAUAAAAGUGUGUAGAGUAUAGGUUUAAUAUGAUAACCCAGUUAUAAUCUGUGUGUGGAUCUGAUCUAGUCCAUUCUGGGUUUAGCAUUGAUUUUAUGUAUCUGAUUUUUCUCUGGAUUUUUACCAGAAAAUGCCAGGACACACUAUUUAAGGGCAUAUUCUAGUUAAACAAGGUUUUGGUGUAGUAGUUUACACAUUUACAAGAUACUGUAUGAUGUAUACUGAAAGCUGUAAUUACUAUUUUUAGCUCGUUGACCAUAAGGCUGUCCUCCAAAUUCAUUUACAGUGAAAAAAACAGAAAGAGCUUACCAACAAUAAUUAAUAGACUGGGCACCUUUGCUGAGUUUUUUGCACCAAGUAAUAUUUUUAACUUUCUGCAUCCUUAUUUUCUUGAAAAUAGUCUACCUAGAUAUUCACUACAUUAUAAGGAGACUAGCAGCAUAUAUCCCAUUUUUUUUAUGUAUCCUAAGGAAAAUGCAGCUUGUGGAUUUUUUUUUUCUUAUUUUGGUUUGGUAUGAGUAACCUAACAUAUAAGUUAGAGGAUAAGAAGGUAUUGAACCUAGAUCUUUAUAAACUGUUACAAAAUUUUGCUUGCUAUAUAGUCUUCAUUUUAUUUAUAUUUUAGAUCUGAUAUACAUUCAUGUAGUACCAGACGAGUCAGAAAACACUGUCAAGCAUAAUUUUAAUAUUGUUUCAGGCUUUGUUUUAAUGAAUACUGUAAUUCUUUAAACACAGUGCUCUACUGAGAAUUAUUGAUAAAUUUAGAAAAGUACUGUCUGUUGCUUUUAGGUAUCUUCCACAAAGGUAUCAACAUAUGAAAAUUUUCAUAAAAUUACAUUGUAAUUUUUUAAUUUAACAAAUUUAACAUUAUAUACCUUUUUUGAAGUAAAAAAAAAAAAAAAAAAGCCAAAUUAUUUACACUUCAUUUAUGAAGUGGUUUAUCUACCUAAUUAUGAUUAAGUGUCUAGAAUUUCAAGAGUUGUAGUGUUAUGUACAGUUUCAAGCAUUGUACAUAAGUUGUAUAUUGAUAAUGUAUGCACAUGUAGAAUAAAAUAAAAGUAAACAAAGUC